AUGGUGACCCUCAGUCUAUGCGCCGUCGGAGGGGGUAUUUCAGUUCGGAACCCUCAUAAGCCAUCCUCGUAUAUUUCCACUAUACCCUCAAAAAACGCGUUCUUUACCACAACCCCACAUAGAAAUCACUGUCGAAGUUUAUCCGUUAGUGUUAAAAGUCAGUCCUGGAAUCGUCAGGAGCAAAAUCAUCAGCAGCAGCAGAGGUUUUCUUCUCCCGACACUCCAUCCUCACUGCCUGGACAAUCGCCCCCACGGGUUUAUGUGGGCCACUCUAUAUAUAAAGGAAAAGCUGCACUUACAGUCGAACCACGGCCGCCUGAGUUCUCUUCUCUUGAUUCGGGAGCAUUUAGGCUAUCAAAGGAGGGCUUUGUUUUACUUCAGUUUGCCCCUGCGGUUGGUGCCCGUCAAUAUGAUUGGGGUAGGAAGCAGGUAUUCUCCUUGAAUGUGAGUGAAAUUGGGAGCAUAAUAAGCCUUGGGGCAAGAGAUUCUUGUGAAUUUUUUCAUGAUCCCAUGAUAGGUAGAAGUGAUGAAGGUAAAGUGAGGAAACUGUUGAAGGUGGAGCCUUUUCCUGAUGGUUCUGGCCACUUCUUCAAUCUCAGUGUUCAAAACAAGUUCUUGAAUGUGGACGAGAACAUUUACAUCCCCAUCACCAAGGCAGAGUUUUCUGUUCUCAUAUCAUCAUUUAAUUUCAUUUUGCCGUACCUAUUAGGCUGGCACGCCUUUGCAAACACUAUAAAGCCUGAAGAUUCAAACCGUGCGAACGACGUGAAUACGAGGUGUAGGGAAGGACGUUUUGCUAAAGGCUGUGCUGGGAGCUUUCCCCACGCUUUUAAUCUCGGCCCAAGUGUACGAGUGAGGCCCAAGGCCACGAAGAUCGUGCUUCAUGCGGCCCGCACAAUCAUCGCUAAGGUUGCCGAUUGA